CUUGGGGUUUGUUUACAGAUUCAUUUAAUUGAAAUGAGAAACUACUAGUUGGCUAUUUUAUCUCAUAAAGUUUGUGGAUUAAAGAGUUGAAAAAAAUUAUUUGUGAGUUUUUAACACAAUACAAAUUUGAAAUCAAGAACAAAGUUGGGAACUGAGCAAACUUUAGAAACAAAUCGAUAAAGAUUGAAUUAGUUUCGAAGUUUUUUUGAAUUUUAUAAACAAAUAUAAUAUUGAAAAUCGAAAAAACCUAAUCUAUCAAGCUCCUAAUUAACUGCAAAGCAUGAACAGCUCCGACUUUGUCUUCACAUCACAAUUAGUAAUAAAAUUAGAAAAACUUGAUGAGAAAUGUUUAGAAAUCUACACAGAGAUACCUCAGUGCAUCAAACAAGAGCCAGAAUUUCACAUCAAAUCAGAACUUCCUGAUGAUUCUAAUAGUCCAGAGGAAAUUGAUGAUUCAAGUCAAGAUGAAUCCCAAAGUCAAAGUGACGAUGAAUCUCAAACAAACCCAGAAUCUGAAUCCAAGAAGAAGAAGAAGAAGAAGUAUGGACCAUACAAAAAACAGAACUGGAUGCCAACAAAAAUGACUUGUAAAAUUUGCAAUGUAACUUUGUCAUCGAAACAAUCGUUUAAUUAUCAUAACAAUGCAUUUCAUUCAAAUAAGCCAAAACCAGUUUUUCAAUGCAAUUUAUGUCCUCGAACAUUUCCACAAAAUAAUUUUCUGUUGAGUCAUUUGAGAACUCACAAAGCUAAAAAUAUAUUCGAAUGUGAUAUUUGUGGGAAAAAUAAAUUGUCAAGAUUAAAACUUGUAAGACACAUGGCAAUGCAUAGGACAAUUAUGACAUACCAAUGUGACAUUUGCUCAAAAGCUUUCAAAAGCAAGAAGUAUAUAUCAAGACAUGUUGUUACACAUAUUGAAAGAGAACGUGUCAAGUGUCCAAUAUGUAGCGAACUGAUUUAUACAUUCAAUAUGCGAUUUCAUGUCUUUAAACAUAAGAAAGAAAAACCUUACAAAUGUGAUUUGUGUUCAGCUUCAUUUGUGGCUAGGAAUAAGUUAACUUACCAUAGGAGAAUUCAUACAGGAGAAAAACCUCAUAAAUGCAAGCUGUGCAACAAAGCUUUCACUUACAACCAAACGUACAAAGAACAUUACAAAAUUUUUCAUACAAGUUUCAAACUUAACUGUAAAUAUUGUGGUAAAAACUACAUGUCAAAAGCUGGAUUAAUAUUCCAUGUUAAAUCCCACCAUGCAAAUGAAAAGAAUGAGGAAACUUUUGAUAAACCUGCUGAGGUAAAAGACAUCGAUGCAAAUGCUGCAGAUAAAAAGACAAAAAUAACAAGAUUUGAAAAUGUCAAAAAGAAGCCUGAAAGAUUGAAAAAUAAUGAAUCAAAAAGUUCAAGGAGUCGCAAAACAAAAUCAAAAUCAAAAUUAAAUAAUAGAAGUUUCUGCAAGAACUAGAAAUAAAGAAAAGAAGUAAACAGAAUAGUUUACCUUAGAUAUAUGUCAUCAUUUAUUUUUGAUUUGAUAAUAAUCUUUAGACAAAAUCAUUUAUUUAAAAAAUAAAUAAAAAUAAAAAA